AUGAAGUUCACUUGGGCGACAACGCUCCUUUUACUUUCUACCAGGGUCACGGCCCUGACCAUCCCUCACACCGAGCCUACCGAUCUCAUUGAACGAGAUGUGGUCUCCCUGGAUCCCUUGGAUUCCACCCGGGAUACAGAUGUCAUAACCCUGGAAAAACGGCGGGGCGGUGGUGGAGGAAGCAGAGGCGGCAGCAGCGGUUCGUCCGGCGGUUCGUCCAGCAGUUCAUCCAGCAGCGGAGGAAGCAGUGGAGGCCGCACCGGUUCUUCUUCUUCCGGUUCCUCCGGUUCCUCCGGCUCCAGUGGCUCCAGUGGCAGUAGUGGUAGCAGUGGAAGCAGUCGCAGUGGUUCAAGCAAUGUUGGUGGUACAACCAGUAGCGGCUCUGGCACUCGAGCAACCUACGGUGGAGGAAACUACUAUGCUGGUGGUGCGCGCACUCCCUACAAGUCUGGCUCCCGGUCCGCUGGAGGAAUCGCCCCCUACGUUCUCGGUGGAGCUGCACUGGGCUUCUUCCCGGGUCUUUGGCUGUACAGCGCCUAUGCCUACCCCUACAGCCACCACUACAACUACUACAAUGACCAGGACCACAAAAACGAGUCGCUCCCCAUUGUCUGUGUGUGCCAGGAGUACUCCGAGUGUGGCUGCGACGACAACACUAACCGCACCUACUACGAGUCCCUCUUCAACGGCACCGUGCCCAAGAACUCCAGUCUGGUGCGUGUGGUCGAUGUGAACGGCACUCAGACCAUCUACAUCAAUGGUACCUUGGCCAAUGGCACCACCGCCGCCGCCGAUGAAAGCUCGAGUUCGAGUAGCACCUCCUCGGCAUCCGGGCCUGUUGCGAAGGUCCUGCAUGCUAGCGGGUACUGGGUGACGGUUGCCGUGGUAGUGGCCGCCGUUUGGGGAUUCUAA